UCGCCCCGAUCCUGCCAUGGAGGUGUUCAUCCCUUCGUUUCGCUACGAGGAGAGCGAAUUGGAGAGAGGCUACACGGUCUUUAAGAUAGAUGUGCUAACGAAUGGAAGAAAGCACUUUGUUGAAAAAAGGUAUAGUGAAUUUCACGCUCUUCAUAAAAAGCUUAAGAAAUUCAUAAGAACUCCAGAAAUCCCUUCUAAGCAUGUAAGGAACUGGGUUCCCAAAGUUUUGGAACAGCGUCGUCAAGGCUUGGAAUCUUAUUUACAGAGUAUUAUUUUAGAAAAUGAAGAGCUCCCUAAAAUUUUUAUUGACUUCCUCAACGUUCGGCAUUUUCCUUCUCUCCCAAAAGCUGAAAGCUGUGGUUCAUUUGAAGAGCUAGAAUCAGAAGAAUCAAGCAAACUGUCCCACCAGCCAGUGCUGCUGUUCCUAAGGGAUCCAUAUGUCUUGCCUACAGCCAAUGAUGACUUUCCAAAUGUAGUUAUUGAAGGCGUACUCCGUGGAUUAUUUUAUCCUCACCUACAGCCCAGGUAGAAAAAUCAGUUUGUGUGGACAAUAACCUAGUUCCUGCAAGACGACAAGUGUACUUUAGCUAUCUUAAAAUCAUGGA